AUGGUGUGUAUAUCAGUUCUGUUUCUUCUGUUCUAUGGCAUUGAUUUGCUCCCAUUAACUCUGGGCUCUCCAGACACUUUAAUAUUGGUGGCAGAACCUGGUGAUGAUGUCACCAUUUGGUACCAGCGUGAGAAAACUACAGCUACUUACGUAUAUUGGUUUAAGCACACAGACAGUUCUGUGCCAUUUUAUGUUGGGUGCCAAUUUUACAGUAUUUUUUCCCCACCCAGCCUCUGUUAUUUUGGCAAUCAAAGUAAGCGAAUGGUGAUGUCUGUAAACUCCCAGAACACGUCUCUGACAAUAACUGCAGUAAAUCACACUGAUACAGGACUGUAUUACUGUGGUAUUAUGCAAAGCAUUCACAUUUCCUUCAGCAACGAAACAUAUUUACAAGUGAAAGCUCACUGCUCUUCAGAUGUCUUCUUCAUGCUGACGGUGGUGUUCGGUGUUGUGAAUGUGGUUCUUAGCAGUGUUCUUCUUGUCCUACUCACGAGGAGAAAACACCACAGAGCAACUGGCUCUAAUGUUAAACAUGAUAAAGAGGAGCAGGAUCCUAACUCAGUGACCUACGCUGCUCUACAGUUCUCUGAUCAGAACACUAGGAGAGUAGCAGGACAUGGUGAAGUGGUGGAUACACAUGUCGUAUUUUCUUCAGUAAGACACUAGCAAUGUAUUGUAACCGAAGGAAGACAUUCGGUCACUGUUUGGAACAGCAUUACAGACUUUAUUAUUGUAGGUGAUUAAAGCCAUAAGAGGUAACACAGUAGUUCAUGACCUCACCUUUGACCUCAGUCGUUUAUUUAAUAGUAAUCCUACAUCAUGUAGUUUUACAUACAGUAAACAGUGUCGGUGUCAUCAAAUACAAGACAUUAGAGGCUGUUUUGAAGAUCUGUAAACACUGUUGUGAUGCAUCAAAAACUGGAUUAACCCAGGAGUUUGUUGCGACCAGUGCAAGGGUGAAGGGUGAGUUACUUUUAUUCACACUGAUUCACUUUUCAUAUGUGUAGGUUACUGAUCUAGAAUUUUUGAGGGGCUCAACAUGUGUUCAGUCUGUAAAAAAAAAUCCUUCAAUAGGGUGAUUAAAUUAUGCCUGAAUUUUUAUUUUUUUUUACUGU